GCGGCUCUGACGGUUCAGACUGAGGAGGAGGAGGAGGAGGAGUUUCGGUGCAGCUUCAUCAGUAAACAGUCAGUCAGCAGCGGUCGGUAACGCAUAAGGACGGUGACAUGAUGAAGAUGAUGAAGAUGAUGACGCUGCUUCUUCAGAGCUGCGGUCAUGUGACUUCUCGUGGUGAACGGGCAGGCAGCACUGAGCGAGCUUCUAACACACUGCAGGUCUGAGGCAAAGCAUCAUGGGAGAUGGAGGACCCCUGCAGACCGAGGGGAACGCCCUCCUCAAAGCCGUCUUCCAGGGGAAGCUAAGACUUACCCGCCUGCUGCUGGAAGGCGGGGCUUACAUUAACGAGGGCAACGAGCGCGGAGAGACUCCCAUCUCCGCCGCCUGCAUAGCGAGCUACGAUGACCCGCAGACCCGGCAGAGGAUGGUCAGGUACCUGCUGGAGAAAGGUGCCGACCCCAACAUCCCUGACAAGGGCGGAAGGACGGCACUGAUGCAUGCCUGUGCGGAGCAGGCCGGGAAGGUGGUGGUCUCGCUGCUUUUAGAGAACGGAGCUGAUCCAAGCCUCAAAGACUACUCUGGAUCCUCCGCCCUCGUGCACGCCAUCAACAAAGGAGACCGGGACACUCUGCAGGUGCUGUUAGAUGCCUGCAAGGCCAAAGGCAAGGAGGUCAUCAUCAUCACCACCGACACGUCUCCUUCAGGCACCAAGAAGACCAAGCAGUACCUGAACUCCCCUCCCUCACCCGGCGUCGUGGACAAGUUGUCUCCGACGUGCAUGUCUCCCUCUGAGGUCGAGAUCGGCACCUCGUCACCAGCAGGAGACACCGGCAGAGACCAGGAGGGGAUCUUCAGCUUUGCACUCACUUCAGCUUUACCUUUACCUUCAGCCCGACCUCCAGGAGAAAAGAGACCGCCGCCUCGAAAGCUCCUGAAGAGGCUGAACUCAGAGCCGUGGGGCUUGGUGGCGCCCUCGGUGCUGAGCGGCGUUCCUCAGGCAGAUGGAGGUCUGGAAGAGGAGGGCAGCAGCGAACUGAGCAGGACCAUCACUCAGAUGAAUGGCAUAUCCAUCACAGAACCGGUGAGACCUCUGUUAUCACGGCGGCACAGCAUCGAGACCCAUGACCCCUCUUCCCCCAAACUCAUGGACCGGUCCUGCUCCGAGGACUGCACAGCCAUCUCUGGAUCCUCCUGGGCAGACAAAGUCCAGCAGCACCAGAUCCUGUACCGCAGGAACACUGCUCCAGAGUCCCAGGAGAACAGUGGGGGACCUGGGGUGGUUGUGACCCGGGCCCUGGCUCACCCCAAACUGACCAGGAUGGAGCACUAUGAGUCAGAGACCCACCUGGCCCCAGAGUCCAUCCCCGGUUCCCCGGACUCUGGUCGAAUGUCCGUGGAGAGGAGGAGGUACAACGCCUCCCCCCUGUCCCUGGUCACCAGUUCGUCCAGAGAGUCCCUCGAGAACAUCCCAAACUCUGUGUCCCCCAUUACCAUGAGACGGCGUCCUCCGGGACUCCUGGAGCGCCGGGGCUCUGGGACCCUCCUGUUGGACCACAUCUCCCACACACGGCCCGGCUUCCUGCCGCCGCUUAACAUCAACCCCCAGAGACCCAUCCCCGACAUCCGAGCCAAUGGCAGGCCCACCUCCCCAAUCCACGUCGGACACAAGAUCCUGGUCCCUGUGGCCCCUACCUCGCCCAAACGAGGUCUGGACUUCAAGCUGAAGAAGAAGCUGAUGAGGAGGCAUUCGAUGCAGACUGAACAGAUGAAACAGCUCUCCACCUUCCAAGAGAUCCUGGCAGAGAAGGUCGUCGAGUCCAAUGGAGACUGAUGUCAGAGUGAAGCAUGAUGGGUAACUGCAGAGACCUGUCAGGUGGCAGUGAAGCUUCAGAUUAUAAUUUCCUGAUAAAGACCAAAACCACAUUAUGGUCAUUAUGAAGGGCUGCACCAACAACUGAUCCAGUUUGAGUUUUUCAACAGAUUAAAGUUAAUCUGGAUUAAAGCUUCCUGGGUCCACAAACAGACCAUCAGGACUUCCUGUUUACAGUCAGAAAACAAAGAAACACAAACUGUCUCUGGCUCAGCUUACUAGCCCCUUAGAAAUGCUUGCAUUGAAGUGUCAGCUAGCACUGUUAUCCUCCAUUAUCAGGUGAUUAAUCAACACCUGAGCUGCAGGUUGAAACCAGAACAAACUGAGUUAAAAUAUUUUGAAACUGAACAAAUUCAUUAAACAUCAGCUCAGUUUUGAUCAACAGUUUAGCUUUACUCGCUAACAUUUAUCCUGCAUGUUUUAUUUACUCAGAAAAUAUCAAAAUAAAAGUUUGUUUCAGUUUGAGACAAAGUGUUCCCCUGCUGCUCGAGCUAACCAUGCUAACUGAACUUCCUGUCCAUUGAUUUAGGGUUAGGGGACAAUAAUAACAAAUGUUGAUUGAUAUCAUUCAUAGUUUCUGCUGUACAAACACCGAACUCUGAGUUCAGCCAUUUUUAAAGAAACCAUGUGACCUCAGUGAUGAGUCAUGAACAGGAAACAGAUUCCUGAAUGAUUGACGUAAGGAUGUUCACAUAUUUCACACUCAUCGGGAUACCAUUACAAUGACCCAGAAUGGUUUAACUGGUUCAACUGGUUAGACUAUUUCGACUGGUUUAACUGGUUUGACUGGUAAGGCUUGUUCAACUGAUUAAACUGACAAGGCUGGUUAAACUGGCUAGGCUUGUAAGACUGGUUAAACUGGAUGGACUGGUUGCACUGGUAAGGCUGUACUAAACUGGUUCAAAUGGUUAGGUUACUUAGACUGGUUAAACUGGUUAGGCUUCUUAAAUUGGUUAAACUGGUUAGGCUGGUUAGACUGGUUGGACUGGUUAAACUGACAAGGCUGGUUAAACUGGCUAGGCUUGUAAGACUGGUUAAACUGGAUGGACUGGUUGCACUGGUAAGGCUGUACUAAACUGGUUCAAAUGGUUAGGUUACUUAGACUGGUUAAACUGGUUAGGCUUCUUAAAUUGGUUAAACUGGUUAGGCUGGUUAGACUGGUUGGACUGGUUAAACUGGUAAGGUUGGUUAAACUGGCUAGGCUUGGCAGACUGGUUAAACUGGAUGGACUGGUUGCACUGGUAAGGCUGGACUAAACUGGUUCAAAUGGUUAGGCUACUUAGACUGGUUAAACUGGUUAGGCUGGUUAAACUGGUUAAACUAGAUAAACUGGUUGGACUGGUUAAACUGGUAAGGCUGGUUAGACUGGUUAAACUGGUUAGACUGGUACUCAGGUACAAACUCAUUAGCUCAGCUGAUUGUUUGUUUAUCAGAGGGAUGAACCUGAUUGGUCGGUUGGAUGGGAUCAAUCUGGGUUAUUAAAGUUUCAUCAUAAAGAAUCUUUUUCACAGAAUGGAUGAAUUCUUGUUCCUUCUGCUGCAGCUAUCCUGUUUCCUCUCAAGGUGCAUUCUGGGUAAAAUUAGUUCCAUAGAUCCUGAUGUAUUCUCCAAACCUUCCAUGAUUGGUUCAAACCUGAACAGAGAAUGUGGACGUGUUCGAUGUUUACAGACGCAAUAUUUGCACUGAGGUCGAGUUGAUGUGACGAAGAAAACAUGAACCUGCUGCUGAACUCUGACCAAUCAGAGGCCUGAAACUCACCAAGAGUCAUGUAUGAAGAGUCAUUAAUGAAGAGUCAUUUCUGAAGAAUCGUUUAUUAAAAGUCAUUUCUGAAUCAUGUGAAAGGUAUGACACUACCUGCUGCGCUGUAUAUUCUGUGGUUCAUAUAGUGCUUGAUAUUUCUGUAAUAUGAAAGUAAAUCUGUUUACACUGAUUUUCAAAUUAAAAGGCUUGUUUAUUUUUAGCACUGAAUGUUUAUGAAAUGAUCCAUUAAAUUCUGUUGAUGAACAAG